AGCAUAGAAGAGAUCUGCAGUCGGCUUGUGCUUCUAGUCGGUUCGGUUCUAUUCCUUGACGCGGUGCGGACCCUUAAGUCUCCCUGUCACCGGUCGUUGCGCCAGCGAUCAAAACGGUGACUUGACCUCGACUAGACUGGACUGUCGGGGUGUGUGAAUGUACAGUCAGUCUGUCAGUCAGUCAUCUGUUUUCAGUUGAUAUAGGUACGUCGCGUCGUUUUUGUUAAAAUGGAGGACGAAAAAUUAAUUGAGUGCGUUCGUGAAGAAAGAUUACUCUAUGAUUCAUCGCAUCCAUUGUACUUUGAUUCUCAGCAAAAAGUAAGAACAUGGCAGCAUAUUGGAGUAAUACUAAAGCAAGAUCCUAACAAAUGCAAGCUGAGGUGGGAGUCAUUGCGAAAUCAAUUUCGAAAAUAUAUUCGCUCGAGAAGAACAGUAACUGGUCAGUCUCCGUCAGCAUGGAGACAUUACGAUGACAUGUCAUUCCUAACUAGGUAUAUGAAGGACAAGACAAGGAAUACUUUCGUGGAAAUAGAAAACGAGGGACAAGCAGCUCUAUUGGAGGAAGAUAAUAUGGCGAUAGGCGAAGAACAUCCUUUAGAAAGCUCCAACGAAACAACCCACUCUUCUAUUGCCAUCCCAAUGCGCAAAUCAUCCAACUCAAAACGUAGAGGUUAUCACGCUGUUGAAAGUACUAGUGCAGUUUUGAUGAAAUACCUUUUGGAAAAAGAGAAAAAUGAAAAAGAAAAAGAUGAUAUUGAUCUUUUCUUUGACGCAAUGAAGGCUACAGUAAAAAAAUUUAGUGCAGGAAAUAAACUUUUGGCUAAACAGAAAGUUUUUGCUGUAAUCAGCGAACUGGAGGAGAUUAACUUGAGUCAGCAAUGUGAUCAAUGUGCACACUUUUUGUCUGUUGCAAACGUUCAUCAACAUUCUAAGCCAACCUUUUCACAACGAACUGAUAACAGCUAACUUAGCAACCAACCUGUCCAAAAAAUGUUAUCCCAUUAUUCUCCAGCAAGUUCUAAUCAAACUAUGGGUUCCUACAUAGAGGCUUGUUCACUAGAAAACUUUACAUAAAACUUUUACGCCAGUCAAUAGGAGCAAUAAUAGGAUAUUACUUCCGAAUUCUAUCCUACUGCAUGGAUUUUAAUGAAAUUUUGGGCCUAGCCUCUACUUAUCUCCAAAUUCAAAGUCUACCCUAUGCCGGUGUGUGUUUUUAUCUUGGGGGUGGUUCCCACCCCUUCUCCUUCUUCCCUUCUUUUAGUUAUUGAGUUAUUCGUGGUUGAAAAUUGGCCAUUUUCAUUGAAAUAUAAUACCUUUUCGAACGGUUUUUUGCGAAUACCUUAAAAACUAUGCAUUCACCUAAAAAACCGAUAUUCAACAUAAAGUAACAUGUAAGUUAUAAAAAAACAAAGAGACACUUGCCUCCAUAACUCUUCUAGUUAUAACACCAAAAAAAAAAAAGAUAUGGUAGGUGAAAAUAGUUUGUUUUUUGGUACCUACAUUCGCAAAUUGGUGUAUUCAACUUGAAAUAACAGAGACACGGUCGAUUUUAGGUGUAUAAUACUACCAAUAACUUUUGUUGUGCUUGAAAAGACCUAUAAAUUAAGCAAUAUUAAAUGUCGAUUACAUUCAAACUAUGCGAGAUAAACUGUAAAAAAUUUGAUGUUUAAGGUAUUUUAAGAAAAAAAAUGAGAAGUUUAUUUAACCCCUCAUCCACAAGAAUUUAAAUGCAUCGUUUUCCUUCUACAAUACAUUUUACUAUAGUGUUCUUUUUAUGGUCAAAAAGUUGGGCGGGUUUAAAAUGAAUGGAUUUUGAAAAAAAUAAGAUCAAAUUAUUGAGCGCAUUUUUAAAGUUUCUUAAAAAUCUUCCUAUUUCUCCAUGUAACUCGAAAAUGAUAAGAGAUGCAAAGAAAGAUGCCAUACAAAAAUGUAGGUUUUUUCUAGAUAAACAUUUUGAUUUUAUUGUUUAUAACAGUAUCUCCAAUACCUUUAUGCUACCAAUACCUUUUGUAGCGCUUGAAACGACCUUUAAAAUGAGCUAUAUUGAAGGCCCAUUACAUUAAAACUAAGCGAGAUAUGCUGGAAACAAAAUUGAAACUAAUGUGUUUUAAGAAAAAAAUGAGAAGUAAUUUUAACCCCCAUCCACUAAAAUGUAAGUGCAUCUUUUUCCUUCUACAAUACCUUUUACUACAGUGUUAUUUCUAUGUUCAGAAAGUUGGAGGGGUUUAAAAUGAAUGGUUUUUGAAAAAAAAAAGAUCAAAUUGUAGAGAGCAUUUUUAAAUUUUCUUAAAAAUCUACCUUUUUGGAAAAAUGAUAAGAGAUACAGUAAUGAAAAAUAAAAAGGAAAUUUUUAUCUAAAAAACCCUACAUUUUUGUGUGGUAUCUUUUUUUCGUAUCUCUUAUCAUUUUCGAGUUACAUGGAGAAAAAGAAGAUUUUUAAGAAAAUGAAUGCGCUCUAUAAUUUGAUCUUAUUUUUUCAAAAACCAGUUAUUUUAAACCAGUCCUAUUGUUUUAACAUAUAAAUAAUAUAAUAAAAAGUAUUGUAGAAGGAAAACGAUGUAUUUAAAUUCUGAUGGAUGAGGGGUUAAAUAUACUUCUCAUUUCUUCUUAAAAUACAUUAGUCAUCAAGUUUCUUGCAGAAUAUCUCGCUUAGUUUGAAUGUAAUCGACAUUUAGUAUUGCUCAUUUUAAAGGUCUUUUCAAGCACUAUAAAAGUUGUAAGUAUCAUUAAAUCAUUAUACCUACACCUAAAAUCGACCGUUUCUCUGCAAUUUCAAGUUGAAUACACCGAUUUGAGCAUGCAGCAAAAAAAAACAAAGUCUUCUUACCCACCAUCUCCCUCUUUCUAUUUUAACUAGAAGAUUUAUGAAGGAACGAAUCUCUUUGUUUUUUUUUAUGACCUACAGAAAUAUUUUAUACAGUUUUUUUUGUUAGAUGCAUAGUUUUUAAGGUAUUCACAAAAAUCCGUCCGAAAAGGUGUCAUUUUUCAAUGAAAAUGGUCAAUUUUCAACCACGAAUUACUCAUAAAGUAUUGAGUUUUCAAAAAAUAAUUAUAGAACAGUUUUUGCUUAAAAUUGGGUUCUCUAGCCUCUGCAUGCCGUGGCUCUUUUAACCAAAACAUUUUUCACUCCCGAGAAGGGGUGGGAACCACCUCCAAGAUAAAAGAGUACAUCGGCAUAGGGUACACUUUGUUUCAUGAGCUAUUCCCUAUUUACUGUGAAAAUAUCAAGUAAAUCGAUGUAGUAGGAUGGAAUUCGGAGCCAAAUACCCUCAUUGACUGCCAUAUUUGGUAACUAUGUACCUACAUAUUUUUUUACAAUACAACAUUUUGAAUCA